AUGAGAUACUCAACGUUAACUUGCUUGGCACUUAUCUCAACGAUUCUCAAUGGAUUUCCCAUUUCAGGAGAUAUGGGUGGUAAAAAUGCACGAGGUAGCUACUCAGAAGGGAAGGAUUUCUUUGACCCUAAUCCUGGAGCAAACGGUGAGCCACCAGUGAAUACCAUUAAGGUACUGACAUUGGACGGAGUAUUGUCGAAGUAUGGUUAUCUCUUGGAGAGUGAAAAUGAAGAACAAUUUCUAUUCCACAUAAUUGAAGACAACUCGUUCCUUGUAAGAGCUCAUGCUGCUGUAGUUGGGAAACCCACCACCGGUCCAAACUCACCUGUCCAAAAUUUGGACGACAUUACCAAAAGAGGAAUCUUUCGGAAGAAGAAAAAGAACAAUAAGCAAGCGAAUCAAGAAAAGCAAGUAGCUGGCAAGGCUAAUGAAAAAAGAUUUGACUGGGUACAUUUCACAUAUGAAGAUGAAGAAGUCACCCGUUAUCCCCAUAUUCCAAUUAGCGCUUGUCAAUCUCAAGAAUUUGGACAGGAAGGAUCAAUAUCCUUUUCUUACGCUUUCUCUUCAACCUUGCAUUCCAAGCACAACUUCGACGUAACAUUUCUGAUUACUUAUAUGAUAUUUUCUGUCGCACUAGGUAUGAAGAUGAGUGUCGAAUUAACCUCAACAAGAGAAGUGAGUGGAACCACAACCUGUAAUCUCAAGGCUGGGCAGGUUGGCCAAAUCUGGGCAAGCCCAGUGUAUGCUUCAGCAAAACCAAAAACGAGACUACUCCAGUGGAGGUCAGACACGCAGGAAUUCUUAACUUUGUCUGAAUUCAAGGUGUAUGAGAGACUUUUUGCUCUUAUGGAACAUUCAAUUCUUGAAAUUGAAUGUGUUACGAGCGACAUUGCAAGACUUGAAUGUACGAAGAGACCUGGUGACCCAUACAUGUCCUCUUUACUUUAA